AUGGGUCCUCACCGAAUCACCUGCUGCAACUAUUAUGACCUCCUUCUCCUGCGGGCCUGCGCUGAACACCGACCCCUGCUGACCAACACAUUCUUCCGCCUGCCGAUGCAGAAGAAGGCCACCUGUGUGCACCCGCGAUUGCGGCGCUGGCAGCUGCUGGACUAUGUUCUCGGUCGACGUCGAGAUCGACAGGGCGUGAUGGUGACCAAGGCGAUCUGCGACGCCGAUGGUUGGAUGGGCCACCGCCUCGUCAUAUCCAAGAUGAGGCUCCGUCUGCAGUCCCACAGGAGGCCACAGUGUAAGCAAACCCCACGUAAACAGAAUACUGCUUUGACGUCUUUCCCCCCUCACUGUUUUCAUUUCAGCAAUCAACCGACCCAGCAGCCAGAAGACCUGCCAGCAGUAAAUGAAAACGCCUCCGUGGAGACUCAAUGGUGCCGACUACGGGACGCCGUUCACUCGACUCCCCUGGCUGUCCUCGGCCGCGCACGUCGCCAGCACCAAGACUGGUUUGAAGAAAAUGACGUUGCCACCAGUAACCUGCUGGCAGGGAAAAGCAGGCUGCACAGAGCCCACCUCGACCGCCAACCGACGCGAACAAAGCAGCCUUCUACCAAUGUCGUCGCUUAG